UCUUUCGAAUCGUCGAAUUAUAAAUAAUAAAUCGAUAAUAAUGAAGCGUCUAAAUUUAGUAAUAUUAAUGUUAAUUAUGAUUAUCAUUGAAUUUGAUUUGAUAAUAAUGAAAAAAACAUCAUCAUUGCCAACCAAUGAUAAUGAUGAUGAUGAUGAUGGUGAUGGUGAAGAAUUAAUUUUUACUGAAACUGAAAUCGAUCAUCAACGUAAUGCAAGAAUGUUGAUGAAACAAAAUUCAAAUGAUUCAUGCGGUGGUGAAAAUUGGUUUCAAUUCAAAAAUAAAUGCUAUCUAUUUCAUCAUGAUUUAAGUGGAGCAAGUUUUCAUGAAGCAAUCAAUAUCUGUGAACGUUAUCAUCAUGCACAUCUUUUACAAAUUGAAUCAAUCGAUGAGAAUAAAUUUCUUCAAACAUAUUUAUUUGAAAAAUUACAAUUAAAAUUUUCAAUAUGGCUUGGUUUAAUACGUAUAAAUGUUACAAAUUUUCUUUGGCUUUAUAAUCGUCAUCCAUUAUAUCGAUUAAAUGAUAAUCAAUCAACCGUCAAGACAAUAGUUGAUGAUAAUGAUAAUCAUCAUGAUCAAUGGUCAUCAUAUACAAAUUGGGCACCAAAUGAACCAAAUAAUCUUGAUUCAAAACAUUAUUGUGUUGUAAUGAGUUCGGAAAAAUCUAAAUUAUUAUUUGGCCAUUGGUAUGAUGUUGAAUGUUCAAAAGUAUUUCUUGUUGUUUGUGAACGUAAUAAUCAUAAUCAAGAUUUUUCCAAUGAAAAUGAUACAAUUUUUAAUUUUCUAACAAAUCAAAAUGAUGAUGAUCAUCAUCACCAUCAAAUUGAUACAUCAAUCAAUAGUAAUGAUAUACAUCGAUUAAUACAUUUAUUAUCGAUAAAUUUAUUCAUCUGGAUUAUUUUGUUUAUCAUAAUUGCUAUAUGGUUUUUU